AUGGCGGCCCGCGAGGCCUCCGCCCCGGCGCCGGCCCCCGCAGGCGACGGGCCGAGCCGCCCGCCGCGGCCCACGCUCGCCCUGCCCCCGCGCUCCGCCGUCGAGUCCCUCUUCGCCGCCGGCGCCUCCUCCUCCUCGGCCGGCGCCGCCGAGACCAGCCCCGGCCCGCUCACCCUCGCCGCCGCGCUCUUCCCCGACGCGCCCUCCCCGGCCUUCCACGGCUCCUUCACCCAGCUCCUCGUCGGCGCCAUAGGCUCCCCGGCCGCCGUACCCUCGCCGCCCUCCCCGUUCGCCGUCCCGCCGGGGCUCAGCCCUGCCACGCUCCUCGGCUCCCCCGGCCUCUUCUCCCCAACGGGGAGUUUUGAGAUGUCCCAUCAACAAGCCUUAGCACAAGUAACGGCACAAGCAGUCCAUUCUCAGUACAAUAUGAUAAAUCACGCAGAUUACGCUAUUCCUUUUUCGUCGACAACGACACCAGCUUUGAUCACAGCACAGCAUGCCAAUUCUUCUGCCAAUGUGACAUCAGCAGAGGAGAAACCAGCUCUGCCGUCACAUACAGGUAAUAGCAACAUUGAAUCAAAUGAGGUUUCACAAGGACUCAAAACUUCUGCACCCACUUUUGAUAAACCUGCUGGCGAUGGAUACAACUGGCGGAAGUAUGGCCAGAAGGCAGUUAAGGGUGGCGAGUAUCCAAGGAGUUACUACAAAUGUACCCACGCGAGUUGUCCAGUUAAGAAAAAAGUGGAGCGCUCAGCAGAAGGACACAUCACUCAAAUAAUUUAUAGAGGCCAGCACAAUCACCAGCGUCCACCAAAAAGGAGGUCCAAAGAUGGUGGUGGUCUACUAAAUGAAACAGAUGAUUUCCAUGAGAAUGAAGACACUUCAACUAGAUCAGAACAUGAGGGGUCAAAUGAUGGCAUGGCAGGGCCUUCAGUGUCAAGAAGGGGAGAGGGAGAUGAGCAAUUGUCAGGCUCAAGUGAUAGUGAUGAGGAGCGAGAUGAUGAACAAAGGGCAGGCAAUGGAGAUCCUGGCUAUGCAAAUGCAAACAGAAGGUGGUUUCUAUCAUGA